CCACAUAUAUUAAUUUUCUAGUAGAAGGUACGAAUGUGAAUCUUUAAUUUAAUUCAGAAAUCUAACAAAUGGAGUUAAAUGGUAAUUAAGACUUCACCUCAGUGACUAAAUAACAAUUAGCCCUCUUCUUCUUCUUCUUCUUUUGUCGCUUUAAUUUCAAUGGUUAUGAUUCUCAGUUCACCGUACUCCGCCGUCUGAUGAGAAAGGUCCCUCUCGGCGCAAAGCUCAUAACUACCAUAACCGAAACAACCGCCAAACAACAACAACAACUAAUAAAACUUAACUGCCAAUUAGCAAAUCUCACUCGCUCACACCAAUUCAACAAUGCACUCCACCUGUUCGACAAAAUUCGUACGCAUUACCAUCACCUCAAACCAGACCAUUACACUCUCUCCACAACACUCACCGCCUGUGCAAACUCACGCGCCGCCGCUUUCGGCGGCAAGCUUCACUCUUACUCCAUUAAAUCCGGCCUUAAAGCGUACACCCAUGUCGCAAAUACCCUUCUCUCUUUGUACGCCAAAUUGCAAGAUAUUGACUCGGUUCAAUCGGUUUUUGAUGAGAUUGAUUACCCAAGUGUGUAUUCUUAUACAACUCUUUUAUCUGCUUGUACUAAAAUGGAUCGGGUGGGUUAUGCAUGUAAGGUGUUCGAUGAAAUGGCGCAGAGAGACCUUGAAGUGUGGAACGCGAUGAUUACGGGGUGUAUGGAGAGUGGGAAUGAAGAGAUUGGGAUUAGUUUGUUUAGAGAUAUGUGUAGAUUGGGAGUUAAGCAUGAUAAUUAUAGUAUAGCAAGUGUUUUAAGUGGGUGCGAAUUGGUGUCGAUAGAUUUCGGUAUGCAAGUUCAUUCGCUAGUGGUUAAGACUGGCUCUUUGGUUAGACCUUCUGUUGUUAAUUCUCUGAUUACUAUGUAUUUUAACAGGGAAAACGUUGAGGAGGCGUGUUUGGUUUUUAAAGAAGCUGAGGAUUCCGUGCGGAAUCAAAUUACUUACAAUGUGAUGAUUGAUGGUUUGAUAGGUGUUGGGAGUUUUGAUGAUGCCCUGAUAAUGUUCAGAAAGAUGCUAAGGCGUUGUCUUAGGCCUACGGAAUUCACUUUGGUGAGUUUUAUGGGAUCUUGCUUGGAUGCUGAUUUUGGGUAUCAAUGUCAUGCUCUAGCAAUCAAGAUGGGUUUUGAAGCUUGUACAUUUAUAGGGAAUGCAACGGUAACCAUGUAUUCAAAUCUUGGCGAGCUGAAUGCGGCUCGCGUGGUUUUUGAGAGACUGCCAAAGAAGGAUCUUGUCUCUUGGAAUACUAUGAUAUCCAGCUAUGCUCAAGGAAAUUUUAGUAAAUGGGCAAUUUUGACCUUCCUGGAAAUGCGGAGAACUGGGACUGAACCCGAUGACUUUACCUUUGGAAGCUUGUUGGCUAGCUUAGAGCUUGUAGAAAUCGUGGAGAUGGUACAUGCCGUUGUGGUCAGAAACAGUCUCAUUUCAAAUAUGCAAGUUUCUAACGCAUUGAUUUCUGCAUAUUCCAAGAAUGGCAAUAUAGAAAAAGCCUAUCAAAUAUUUGGGGACAUGUCCUCUAGAAAUAUCAUAUCCUGGAAUUCUAUUAUUUCUGGGUUCCUAUUAAAUGAGCUCCCGUUGGUAGGCUUAGAGAAAUUCGUCGAGUUACAGCUGACGAAACUCAGGCCAAAUGAGUAUACCAUCAGUAUUGUUCUAAGUAUAUGUGCUGGCAUUUCAUCUCUUAGACAAGGUAAACAGGUUCAUGGUUAUAUAAUGAGAUUAGAGUUCACUUCAGAAGGGUCUUUAGGUAAUAUCCUUAUUACGAUGUAUGCUAAAUGUGGGCUUAUAGAUUGGUCAUCUCGAGUAUUCAAUUCAAUGACCAAACGAGAUGUAGUUACAUGGAACGCCUUGAUAUCCGCUUAUGCACAACAUGGUAAAGGAAAUGAAGCUGUGCAAUGUUUUGAGGCAAUGCAACGCUUAUCUACAGUCCGGCCAAAUGAUGUCACAUUUACGAUAAUUCUUUCGGCUUGCAGCCAUGUCGGUCUGGUUGAUGACGGAGUAUGGAUUUUCAACUCCAUGGUUGAUAAAUACGGCAUUAUUCCCGGAAUAGAUCAUUUUUCUUGUAUUGUUGAUCUUUUAGGCCGUGCUGGGUAUUUUGAUGAAGUGGAAAGGAUAAUGAAGAGUGAACAUUUUGAAGCGCAUCCUAAGAUUUAUUGGUCAUUGUUGAGUGCUUGUGCAGCUCAUGGUAAUCUCAAGCUCGGAAGAUUAGUCGCGGAGUUUCUUCUUCAAUCCGAAGAGAAUCGUCCGUCUGUAUAUGUGGUUCUAUCUAAUAUGUAUGCAGCUGCUGGUCAAUGGGAAGAAGUAGCUAACAUAAGGCAUUUGAUUGAUAACGCUAGAGCUAAGAAGCAACCUGGGUAUAGUUGGAUCAGCUCAUAAAGACGAUACUCGUGUAAUCGAAUCGAAAUAUAAGAGGCAUUCCAAUAUAUUUUAAUGGCAGCUUUCUUUCGUUCGUUCGCUCGUUCUCGAAUCAAGUUGCUGCUGUGCUUUGCUGGAGAGCAGGUUGUUGCUGCUGAUCGACGGCGGCGGUAGUGCAGAGAACGACAAUGACGGCGGUAGAUUGACGGUGGUGAUGUUAUUUUUGAUUGCCGAUGCUGUUGGUUUUUAAUUUUCCUCGUUGAAAAGUAAUGGAUUUGUUUUGUCGGAACUAAUUUUGGGUGAUGGCAAUGGAGGAGUAACGGCGAUGGAAUUUGAGACAAUUUUUAGAUUGUGAUUGAACUUUGACGGUAAACACUUUCAAAAUAUUUGUGACAGAGCAAUCCGCCGUGAAAUCUAUUAUAAAAUAUUAUGUUACUCCCCUAUCCUAAUAAAAUUAUCCACUUUGCCUUUAUUA